AUGUGGCCUACAGAAGAAUCAUCAAAUGAUAGUCGAAGAGUGGAAAGAGAAAGAGAUCGCCGUCAUAGAUCACGCUCUCGUAGUAGAGAAAGAAGACGAUCUCGUAGUAAAGAAAGAAGAUCACGCUCUCGUAGUAGAGAAAGAAGACGAUCUCGUAGUAAAGAAAGAAGAUCACGCUCUCGUAGUAGAGAAAGAAGACGAUCUCGUAGUAAAGAAAGAAGAUCUCGAUCACGAAGUAGGGAACGUCGAAGAAGUCGUGAUAGAAACAAAAAAGAAAAGGAUAGAAGCAAAGAUAAGGGAAGAAAGAAAACAAGUAAAGAUAAAUAUCGAGAUAAAGAAAAAACUAAAUCAAGUAAUUCCUUGAAACCAGAAGAUGAUAAUGAAGAAAAAGAUAAAAAAACAGAAGUUAAAAAGGAACCUUUGUCAUUAGAAGAAUUAAUGGCUAAGAAAAAAGCAGAAGAAGAAGCAAGAAGUAAGCCCGUCUUUCUUACUAAAGAGCAAAGAAUUGCAGAAGCAUUGCAAAGACGACAGCAAGAGGUUGAUGAACAGAAAAAACGAACAGAGGAAGAACGAAAAAUGCGCAUGAUGUUUUUUGAUGAAGCCAAGAAAACAGUAGAAGACAGAGAUAGAAGAGAUAGACCACCACCAAGAGACACUGUUGCAUUAAUUAGCAUUAAUGAAGAUGAUGAUGGUAGAGAAAAAAUCAGAGAAAAUAAAGAUAAAGAGAAAGAAUUAGAAGCAAUCAAGGAAAGAUAUUUAGGCUUAAUUAAAAAGAAAAGAAGAGUGAGACGUUUGAAUGAUAGAAAAUUUGUAUUUGAUUGGGAUGCAUCAGAAGAUACUUCAGUUGAUUAUAAUCCAAUUUAUAAAGAGAGACACACUGUUCAAUUUUUUGGAAGAGGACAUGUUGCAGGAAUAGAUUUAAAAUCACAAAAAAAAGAGCAAUCAAAAUUUUAUGGAGAACUUUUGGAGAAAAGAAGAACUCUAGCUGAAAAAGAACAAGAAAUAUUGCGUUUAAAAAAAUUAAAGAAAAAAGAAGAUAAACAAAAAUGGGAUGAUAGACAUUGGACUCAGAAAACAUUGGAAGAAAUGACAGAAAGAGAUUGGCGUAUUUUUCGAGAAGAUUUUAAUAUUGCUAUUAAAGGAGGACGUAUUCCUAAUCCUAUAAGGCAUUGGAAAGAGUGUUUUCUACCUAAAGUAAUACUUGAUAUUAUUGAACAAUUAGGUUAUAAGGAACCUACUCCUAUUCAAAGACAAGCUAUUCCCAUUGGUCUACAGAAUCGAGAUAUAAUUGGUGUUGCAGAGACAGGCAGUGGUAAAACUCUAGCUUUUCUUAUUCCUUUAUUGGUAUGGAUUACUUCUUUACCAAAAAUUGAAAGAGUUGAAGAUGUGGAUCAAGGACCAUAUUCUAUAAUAUUAGCACCUACACGUGAAUUGGCUCAACAGAUAGAAGAAGAAACAAUUAAAUUUGCUAAAAUGUUAGAAAUUCGUACAGUGGCUGUUAUUGGAGGUUUAUCAAGAGAAGAACAAGGUUUUAGAUUACGUCUUGGAUGUGAAAUUGUAAUUGCUACUCCUGGUCGUUUGAUUGAUGUGCUAGAAAAUCGUUACUUAGUAUUAAGUCGCUGCACUUACAUUGUUUUGGAUGAAGCAGAUAGAAUGAUUGACAUGGGAUUUGAACCUGAUGUCCAGAAAAUUUUAGAUUACAUGCCCGUUACUAAUCAGAAACCAGAUAACGAAGAUGCUGAAGAUGAAGAAAAAAUGUUAGCUAAUUUUAUGACCAAACAUAAAUAUCGACAAACUGUUAUGUUUACAGCUACUAUGCCUCCAGCUGUUGAAAGAUUGGCCAGGUCAUAUCUGCGACGUCCAGCUGUGGUAUAUAUUGGAUCAGCAGGUAAACCUACUGAGAGAGUGGAACAAAUAGUAUACUUAGUUGCAGAAAGUGAGAAGAGACGUAAAUUAUUAGAAAUAUUGGAACAAGGUGUUGAACCUCCUGUUAUCAUUUUCGUUAAUCAGAAAAAAGGAGCUGAUGUUCUUGCUAGAGGAUUAGAAAAAAUGGGAUAUAAUGCUUGUACUCUUCAUGGUGGUAAAGGACAAGAGCAAAGAGAAUAUGCUUUAGCAAGUCUGAAGAGUGGUUCAAAAGAUAUUUUAGUAGCAACAGACGUUGCCGGACGUGGUAUCGAUAUCCGAAAUGUGUCGCUAGUAAUUAAUUAUGACAUGGCAAAAUCAAUUGAAGAUUAUACACAUCGUAUCGGAAGAACCGGACGAGCGGGUAAACAUGGCGUGGCAGUGACAUUUUUGACCAAAGAGGAUUCACAUUUAUUUUAUGAUAUGAAACAAUGCAUCUUGAGUAGUCCAGUAUCAACUUGUCCACCCGAAUUAGCUAAUCAUCCGGAUGCUCAGCAUAAACCGGGUACCGUAGUCACAAAAAAGAGAAGAGAAGAGAAAAUCUUUGCAUAAUCAUAGGCCACUUUUUUUAUUUACUUUGUAACAUCCAGAAUGAAUAAUGUCAAAAUGGUCUUUGAAGGACAGUAGAUAAAAAUGCUGUUUGAAUAAUGAAAAUCUUAAAAUAUUAAUCAGUUUGAAAGAUAUCAAAGUACUGAAUGGAAACAAUUUCUAUUAACUAUUAUCAUUGUAUUAUAAUGUACAUCAAGAUAAUGUGCAUCAUGUUUUCAUGUGCUAGGAUAUUGAUAUAUCAUCAAUAAAUUUUUAUUGUUCAAUUU